AUGGAAGAGUUUGGGUCAGCGUUGGAGAAGAAUGUGGCCGAUUUAACGGUUAUGGACGUGUAUGACAUAGCCGCGGUGGUGGGCCAGGAGUUUGAGCGGAUCAUUGAUCAGUAUGGAUGCGAGGCUCUGUCCAGGCUCAUGCCAAAAGUGGUGCGGGUGCUGGAGAUCCUGGAGGUGAUGGUCAGUAGGAACAGCAUCAGCCCGGAGACAGAGGAGUUGAGGCUGGAACUGGACAAACUACGGCUGGACCGGAUGGACCGGCUGGAGAAAGAGAAGAAACAUAAGAAGGAGCUGGAGCUGGUAGAGGAUGUAUGGAGAGGGGAGGCCCAGGACCUGUUGUCUCAGAUCGCUCAGCUUCAGGAAGAGAACAAAACACUCCUUACAAACAUGUCCAUCAAAGACCCCAUGAGUGAAGAGGACCUGCAGAGGCACGAAGGUAUGUCGGAGCGGGAGCGCCAGGUGAUGAAGAAGCUGAAGGAGGUGGUGGACAAGCAGAGAGACGAGAUCCGAGCCAAAGACCGCGAGCUCACGCUCAAGAACGAGGAUGUUGAGGCACUCCAGCAGCAGCAGUCUCGUCUGAUGAAGAUCAACCAUGACCUGCGCCACAAGAUCUCCGUGGUGGAAGCUCAGGGGAAAGCCCUCAUCGAGCAGAAGGUGGAACUGGAGGCGGGAGCUCAGGCACGGGUACAGGAAAUGGGAGCACUUCGGCAGGAAGUGACACGUUUAAGGGAGCGCCUGCAAGGAGACACGCCUCAGGGUUUAGAGGAGCCUCCUCCCCAGCCCCCCUCCCCCGCACAGCCUGGUAGCCCCUGCUCCUCAGAGGUGGGGGCUCAGGGUGUGGGCUGGCCAGAACCAGACAGACACUACCACCCUGAGCUGAUGUUGGGGGGGUACGAUCCGGCCCCGCGCCUCCCGUCCCUGGAUGACGAUGAUGAGGAUGUAGAGGAAGAGGCAGUGUUGCUAUGGGAGGCGAUGUGUGAUGAGGACACACCUGCUCUGUUCCAACACUUUACCAAGGAGGCGCUAUGUGAUGAGGAGGGGGGAGGCCUGGACCAGAAGGAUCCCAACAGGCCCCGGUUCACACUGCAGGAGCUGAGAGACGUUCUGCACGAGAGAAACGAGCUCAAGGCCAAAGUGUUCAUGCUGCAGGAGGAGAUCGCCUACUACAAAAGUGAAGAGGCGGAGGACGAGACCGGCCCCCCUACUCCUUCCCCUUCUCCCGAACAACUGAGGGCGCGGCCCCGAUCCAACGCACAGCCCGAGUCAGGAAUCAAACGCCUGUUUAGCUUCUUCUCUCGCGACAAGAGGCGGAACUCCCAGCGGAAUGCACAGUUUGAAGACAGCUUCAGCUCGUGGGCGGGAAAGGAUGAGGUGUACACCGAACAGGCCCAGGAGGCUUUGCAGCACAUAUAGGGCACGUUCCUCUGACCGGGCAUUGUUGACGCCUGCCAGAUCUUACAACGCAUGGAUAGGUAUUUUAAGUAUCAGCUAACCACAUCACAUGUUCUAGCAAUCUGUCAGGCGAUGAAAUAGUCAAUGACGUGGCACGCAACCAUUGGUUGAUGCGUGCAACGUCUUACCAGUAGAAUGUGACGUCGUAAUUGGACAGCGCUUUAUGAUGAGGUCACUCAGAACCAUCUCACUGUAAUGCCCCGUCCAUGCCCACCAUGUGAGCUGCAGCAGCACUUAAGGGACAGUUCGAAAUUUACUGGGGUGGGGAGUUGGUCCAAAAUAGGGGAGGGUUGUCAAACAUAUUUUUUUGCUUUGGGGAGGGUUGUCUGAUUUUUUUUAUUGGGCACAGGGGAGGGUGGUGUAUUUUUUCCCUGGUUUACAUUCCCCAUUUAGCAGGUUUUACUAUAUAAUGUCUUACAUAUAGUCACAUUUCCUCAUCUGUUUGCUUGCACCUCCCCUAUCAAGGUGUUUUGGUACUUCCCUUAUGCACUACACUUUUCUGCAUGAUUACUAUACAGUCAACUCUAUCCCUCUAUACAUAGUGACAAUAGUGGAUCUGCAAUAAGUUAACUAGCAAUCAUACCACAUAAUAUCAUUCAAAUCUGCACCGAUUUUCAAUAUAAAUCCACAAGAACAAAAACGAAUAGCUGAUAGGCAGUAGAGAGGCCAGGGUCAUCAUUGCGCAGGAAAGAACAAUCAAGACAUGAUAUAUGCAGCUCAAAAAAGCUCUCCUAUUCAUCUUGUUUAGGCCAAACACAUUUGAUCUACUAUAUAACUGAUUCCCCUCUUCACAGUUCUAAAAAUAGUCAAACGUUUAAUAAAAUAGUGAUGGAUUUCAUUCAAAUGAAUCGAUUCUUUUAAAUGAUUAUUUUUUACGAACUGAACGAUGUGCUUCGCCAGGUCGCAGUUGGAAAUGAGAACUUGUUCUCAACUGGCCUACCUGGUUAAAUAAAGGUUAAAUAAAAAAUUGUACAAUAGUAGUUGGGGUUAAAUUGUGGUGAAUCGAAUCAUGGGAAUCAAAAUAAUAAUUUGAGAAUCGCAAAUAGUAAAAGGAAACAAUUUAGCUGUAACCAUCCUUUCGAAUUGUGUCGAUGCAAAACUCUUUGUUGAUACUUUAAGUUGAUUUGGACAUUCAAUUUAUGGGACGUUGCAACUCAAUAGAUGCUAGUAGUCAGCCUGAAUUACACACUUCUAAUGGGAAGACUAGAAAAUCCGCGGUGCAUGCUGAAACAGUCAUUUACAACGUUUCCCCCGCAAACCUUCCAAUUAAAUGUUGACUGCAAAAGUAGGCCUACCUGGGCAGAAUGAUAUCAUGAAGAUUGGUAUCAAUCGGGUGCACAUUUGUUUUGCAUACUCUGCCAUUUAGCUGGGACAUGCUUUCAAUGGUGUUCUCCAACACCUGAAACCAAUAUAGUGGAUUAGGGGGGUACCCUGACUGGGACUCAAACCCUGGUCCCUGUGACUGUCAUUCCAAACCCAUUAUACUGUCACAAUCCUCGCUGUAUGAGCCAUGAUACAAUUAAUACCAGGUGGGUUAACCCUAUUGGCACGAUAUGCAUAGGGUGUUUGCCUUUGACGCCAGUGACCGGAUUUCACUUCCUUGUCCUGUUGUUUGCUACUACAUUCGUGUCAAAAUUGGGAAUACAAAGAGGCUAAAAUCUCUUGGUGAGGCCGCUAGGUCUUGUACAAAAAAAAAUUGUAUUAAUGAAUACAACUUUAUUUGUAAUUUUUAUUAUGAAUAUAUUUUUAUUCGCUGUCUCGCAUCAAAUUAAUCCAUUAUUCAGUUAAUUACAUGUGUAUGGCCUUGGGGACAAUACAUGAUCCUACCAAAACACCACAAUGCAAUGAUUUUAAGGUCUACAAAGGCACAGUACAAGGACAGUCUGGCUGUGUUUUUACUUCUGAUACUGAUGCGCUGUCUGUUGCGGAUCAUCAUUCUCCCAGCAGGCCCACUUAUUCGGGAAAGCUUAAAGCGCGUUCUGCCUCCUUUCCGAUCUGAUCGGCUAUUCCUCGAACCUAACGCUUCAUUAUAGGCUAAAUAUUUGUCAUUUCAACUUUUAAAACGUAUUACCUUUUAUAUGUGGCAUAACCACAACCAGUCAACAAUGUUUUAAUUGGAUUAGUUUACUUCAAAAGUCUCCUGUAGGCUACCUGCGCAUGUUCAUCCACUCCGCUCUAAUAUAAUUCCAGCAUCCAAACUGCAACGGACAUUCGAUCUGUUACAAAACCACAACAAGUUUCAUGACAUUCGGAGAUUGUCAAGCCAAGCGAUCGACACUGAGUAGGAAGGGGUGUAUUUUCAGUUUGUCAAGGUUUACAUACUCUAUUUGAUUUUGGUGUUGAAAACGCAAUCCAUGAUGAAACACUCAAAUUCGGCAAUCGGUAUGCAGUUAUUUGUUGCUUAUUGGUUGUGUGUGGUACAUUGGCAAAGAAACGUGUUAGUCUAACAUUUGUUGCAUAUAUAAUUAGGAAUAUAACAUCAAAAUGUUGAAAAUCGGAUUUCCCCCUAGCUGAUCAUUGUCUGCAGCCGCCUCUGAUCGUAGUGUAAUGAGUCAGGCAGGGAGAAGAGUGAGCUUGUGAACCCUCAACCUUCUGGCCAUAGCCCUGCGUGGCAUCGACUGUGCCACAAAACAUGCUGAAGUGGUCAAGUCGAUAUCCAUGUCUAUAAACACAGGGUUGCUACAGUUAUUGUUAUUUAUGGUGGUAAUCAUUCUUUUUGAGUACAUUUUCUGGGGGGGGGGGGUGCAAAUACAUUUUGAACAGUCCCUAAAAGCAUCGUAAUGAUCAGCUUACUUCACAGCACAUCAGCUCCAAGUGAUAGAGUAAUUCAGUGGUUAGUGUGCAGUAACGCUGCAUGGGUAAAGUCACUGCAGAAGCCAAGACAGAUUUUCCCCCAUACUACAACCUAUGCAUUGUGAUAAUUGCGUUGUUUGCUCUAUACCCUUUUUUCAUGUGCCUUGCGACCGUGAUAUAUAGGCCUAAAGGCCGAGACAAUAAGAAGACACAGUGGCAGAAUAAAUUCAACCACACCUUCGUUUCAUCACAAAACCGGAGAGCAACCUCUGUCCAGUGAAGUCCACAAAGCAUAUUACACAUAACAAACCGUUAUAUGACCUAUAGCAUGGUCAAGUAAGUUCAUGUUUUCUGACAGUUUCGAACCACUAAACAACUAUUGAUUUAGAACCACGGAGAGUUGCCGCAAUUCGCAAAGAAAACAGGAGCUGCCUCCACUAUUCCAGCAACAUUACUGUGCCUGCUGCAGUAUAGUGAUUUUAUGACAUUGCUGCUUCUAAGUGACAAGACAGAGAGAGUUGAAGGUGAAGGGGAACAGAUUCCGUUUGACUCCUGGAAGAAGAAAAAACCUCCCUAAAGCCUUUAUUUAUCCAAAAGUGAAACCCAGGAGAAUUGACAGAUGCACAGAGCGGUUCCCUUUAUGUUAGAACUGACAGAGACAGUAGGUGUAAGAGAGAGACAGAGUCAGGCUUGGUAAGGCUUGUGGAAAGUACAUAAAGUAUGGUUGAGAGGAGAGCGAGAUGGAGGAACCACGUGAGAAACAACAGAAAGAGAAUCACGAGUCACAUGUUUUAGAGAGGGAGGAGGAGAGUUAUGUCCAGUAAAGAAACGGAAUACGGACCCAGAUGUAGCAGACGCUGAUAAAUCUUCAUACCCCCUUGACCUUGAGCUAGACCAGUCAUGUCCUCAGAGGCAGCUAGGGGGCGCUGUGGCUAGGCCCCUCUCACCAGCACUGGCUAAAAGGUGUGUGAACAUGCAGUAUGGUGGCGUUUUUAUUUAUAACAGAUUGGCAUUGUACGUAAAACAAUACGUGUUACUGGGUGUUGAGUUUGGAUUUUUGAAUUGCACACCUGGAACAUCCUGCCUAUUCCUUGACUGCAUGAUCAAACUAGAUGGUUGGUAACUCUAUUCUCAAUACAACUAUUUUGCUUCCCCAACAACAUGCUCUGCCAAAUACAUACUGUUGUUAGAAGUUUGGGCAGCCUUUUUAGAAUAAAAUGCCCAAGUUAGAGGUUUUAUAUUUUUCAAAUGGUGAAUUAAGCACAUAAAGUUAUAGUUUUACAAUUUCUUAUGGAAAUGGAUGUAUUGUGGAGUAUUUUUGUUUUGAAUUAAUUUAACCAGAUGCUGCUUGCUGCUGCUUUUUUGUUUUUCGGCAUUUUAUGGUGCCUUCAGGACUAGCCAAGUGGUGUACAUAUGAAGCAAAAGUAAACUGUGUUUGAUAUAUAACAUUUGAAUGGGCGCCAUGUUGGAACCAAGUGUGACAAGACAAGACGAACAACACUCAAAUUUAGAUGCAAAUUACAAUGUUGUCGUGGAAUAUUGGGUUCAAACAUGGAGAAUAGUUUGCCAAACUCUGUGCUAUGGCUGUAAGAAGGUUUGUGAGAAGCAAAAUGGUCAGUGUGGACGAGGGAGCUUUUGGAUCCUGAGGAGUAGUUCUGACUCUGUCAAUCAGACAUGAUGCUUCAGCCUGACUAUGAGAACAUUGACACUAUUCUUAUGACCGAAGAACUGUUAAAUAAUUUAUUUUAGAAUGCAAGAGACAAAAUUAAGGUGCAAAAAUAGAGCAACGAUUAUUGUGACAAAAAGGAUUAAUAGUCCAGAGAAAGUAUAUCUUGUCUGCUGGUGGCAACAUCUACAACAUAAUUUACACAUAAAGGGAAAUAAUAAUACAGUAUUGUUAUCUGAACAUGGGCAGAUGUGUCAUCGUAUACAAACUUCAUGGACCCCCUUCACACCUGUUGGUAGAUUUCUAUUGGAAGAAUUUCAGAUAUGAUGAAUGUCUCGUUGUUUUGAUACAGCUUGUUGCCUUUUAUUCAAAUAUGCCCUGUCAAUAAACAUUGUCAUCCCCA